UGUGAACGACAAGGCCCAGGGUACCCCGCCCCGCGCCCUCCGCGAGCGCCGAGGAGCCAACGGGGAACUACAUGUCCCAGGAUGCCCGGCGGCAGGGGGACGGGUGAGCGUCUCCGGGCUGAUCCCACUCCCCGCGUGGUGCGGGGGUGGGAGACGGAAACGGCGCGGCGGAGUCGGAAGGGGGUAUGAGGCUGUGGACGUUGGGACACCAUGAUGGAUAACCACUUUGCUACAGCUCUAGUAAUUGCCUGCGUGCUCUGCCUCAUUUCCACCAUUUAUAUGGCAGCCUCAAUUGGUACAGAUUUCUGGUAUGAGUACCAUAGCCCAGUCGGAAAUGCCAGCGAACUUAGCAGGAGUAUUUUGGAGGAAUUCAUCAGUAUGGAUGCAGAUGAGAAGACUUAUACAGAUGCACUGUUCCGGUGCAAUGGCACAGUUGGAUUGUGGCGGAGAUGUAUCACUGUUCCCCAAAACUCGCACUGGUACAGCCCACCAGAAACUGAUAUGGUCAGACGCUGCAUCAGUUUUUCCCUCUCUGAUCAAUUUGCGGAGAAGUACGUGGAGCCUGGGAACCACAAUAGUGGCAGUGACCUGAACCGGACCUAUCUUUGGCGUUUGCAGUUCCUCCUGCCUUUCGUCAGCCUAGGGCUAAUGUGCUUUGGGGCUUUGAUUGGCCUUUGUGCUUGUGCCUGUCGAAGCCUCUACCCUGCCAUUGCCAUAGGAGUCCUACAUUUCCUUGCAGGUCUGUGUACGCUGGGCUCAGUCAGCUGCUACGUAGCUGGGAUUGAGCUGCUCCACAAGAAGCUGCACCCACCUGAUGAUGUGCAGGGUGAAUUUGGAUGGUCCUUCUGCCUGGCUUGCGUAUCUGCUCCUUUACAGUUUAUGGCAGCUGCACUCUUCAUCUGGGCAGCCCGCACCAACAGGAAGGAAUUCACCCUCUUGAAAACAUACCGUGUAGCAUAAAUAGAACACUUCAUUCAUGGCUAGUUGCUGCUUCACAGUAUUUUGUUUCAAUAUUAUAGGCCUUUUCCCACUCGUACGCCAUCCUUCUUUUGGUCAGGUAUCUGAUCCGUGCACUGCAUGCUUCUUGCCAGUUGAGUUUCAGUGGUCUGCAGGUUUUGAAGACAAAGGCCUCUGGGCCAAAUUACCAAACUUGAACAGCUUUCUCUUGCCAGAAGUCUGCAGAAUUUUAACAGACUUUUAUUAUAUAAUUAAAAAAAAAAAAACUUGUUUGUGGAAUAGUCUUAAGAGCUCAUCCCCCUUUUUAAUUAUACUACCCUAACUGGACACUCACAUCUAAAUCUGAUCUGAAAAAACAGGAGAGGCAUUGUGGAGCAGAGGAUGAACAGGGGAAGAAAAGAGGGAGAAGAAUGAGAGAACUGCAGAGUGUGAAUAAUAUAGAAUUGGGCACUACAUGUUAUGAGAUCCCAGCAGGUAAUGCACCCUAAGAGCACCAAGCAGACAUGGAUGUGCAGAACUGUGUGUAGAAAUGUUAUAGCUACAUCUAUGUUGUUACCUAGUUUGUUUCUCUUUCUCUUACUCUCAUUAGUUUCUCCUCUCAGCCUCUUCUGAUCAGGCUGAUGUAAUUGGGGCAGUCAGCUGUAGCUUUUGCGCCUGCUGUAAAAUAGGGCCCCUCCCUUCCUGUGUUGGAGACAGACCUAAUGCAAGGUUUGGAUUUAAUUUGGUUAACGUGUUUGUAUGUGUGUAUAUAUAAAUAAAUCUAACUUUUUUUUUU